GCCUCCUGGCGCGUUGACGUACCUCGAAAGUAAGCCGGAUGCCGCAGUCCGAGUCCAAGUCCUCGACAAAAUCCGUGUCGUCUAUUUUACGUGAUGCAGUUCUCCGUGUGAUUACCGAUUGCCUUCGUUUCGGUUUUGGUUGCAAUAUGAGCAGCAGUACGGGUUAUUCGAAAAUGAAGAAUGCAUGAGGCGCAGCAGGCUUGCCGUUCAGUGAUAGAAUCCGAGUGUCCUGCCCAAUGCAUUCCCGAACAGUCCUUAAUCCAAUCUGCCCUUGUCCUCUGUGCAUAUUAUAAUCGGGUGUGUAUAAGUCAACGAUUCAAAACCAGCCCAAAAGUGUAUGUCCCGUAAAAGUUGAAUUUUUUCAAAGAAAAAAAAAACCAAAAGGGAAAAAUAGUUUUUUUAACGAUCGUUCCUACAUCACAUAUUAUGUUAAUCAAUAAGGAUACGAUAAAGUUGCUUUAUCCCUGCUUUAUGUGAAUAAAUCAACUUGAUAUUUACGUGACUCCAAACGAAAAAAAAAAAAUAAUAUACGAAAAAAUAAAUGGCCAAAGUGCGUGAGACGCCAUAGGUGACCCCAAAAUAAAAUAGAAGAAAGUGGAGCAAAGAAAGUGAUUCCAAUGCAGUUGGCCAAAUGUGCGUUAGUUAGAGCCGACAACUCCAGAUUGCAAAAUGCGUUUGAAUGAACCAGCAGAAAAAACGCGACCCAGAAAAAAAUUAACAACAAAACCGAAUUCGACAUCAUCUGCUCUUUUGGGAGACUCUUCUCCAGCGAGGCGAUAUCAUCACCGCCAGCACCGCCAACACAUUGAAUGUUCCAUUCGCAAUCUGGUCGGGUUAGUCCUCCUCACCGCAACGAUCAUGUGCAGCGGAUUUGUCCGGGCCAAGACCAUCUACGAUUCAGUUAACAGGAUCCCGGAUCUUCCACCAGACGCCGUCACAUCCAAAGCUCCCAUGCGAACGACUGCCUCGGUGGGAUCCUUUGGAAGCACUGCCACGCCCACGCACACGUCUGUACCCAACGUGUUCUCCACCCAACGGAAUAGUUACGCGGAUGGGACUAGUCAGGCAAUUGAAGAGGAUUCUGAUUCGGAUUCAGAUUCAGACGCCGAUGUGGAUGAUUAUGUCAUCGACGAGUCAUCGACAGUGGCAGCUGCGAUCCUCGAGCAGGGUAAUCCGUUGAAAUCCCAGGAUCUGGAAUCGUUAUCCCUGCAGUCGGCAGCAGCGGAAUCAGUGGCAUCGAAAACCUCUCCAGAGGAUUCGCUUAGAAAGAACUCGUUCCAGCAGCUGGGCAGCCAGAAAGUAAAUGCCUUAGUGCCAGCUACAGUGGCCACCAUUCACUCCGAUGCCGCAUCCCAUGCCUCCUCCAUCUCGGCAGCAGCGCCUACGGAACCGGCAAGGAACCGGAGUGGCAGCGUUGUUCGCAACUCUGCCGUAAAAGUGGAUGGCAAACAUCCGCUUUCAAAGGGUCAGAAAACAGAUGCUCCCAUGUUGAACUAUAUUUUUGACACGUUCUCAUCUGCCAACAAACAUCACCAUCACGAUCAGAGAUAUGGACCCCAUUUCGAGGACGUCCAGAGGGUGGGUCAGGCCACCAAUCUCACAGUGCAGGCUGGCUCCAGCAUCCACCUAAACUGCAGGAUUUCAUUGCUGCAGGAUAAGACUGUCUCUUGGGUGCGCCACAACACAGUGGAGGAGGAUAACGCCCUUGACCUGCUCACAGUGGGCAUGCACACGUACACGGGUGAUAAGCGCUACAAAAUGGAGUUCCAAUACCCCAACAACUGGCGCCUGAAGAUUACGAACGUCAAAAAGGACGACGAGGCCAUGUACGAGUGCCAGAUCUCGACCCAUCCGCCCCGGGUCAUUCAAAUAAACCUACAUGUAAAUGCUCCAAAAGUGAUGAUUGUGGAUGAGGUUGGGGAUCCGCUUCAAGAGAAAUACUACGAGAUUGACUCCACACUCCAGUUGUCUUGUGUGGUGCGGAAUGUGGCGAUGACUAGUUCGGUGGUUUUUUGGAAGCACGCGGACGAUAUCCUCAACUAUGACGUUACUCGUGGGGGAGUUAGCGUAAAAACGGAACUGAUGGAGGAUGGAGCCAAUUCAACACUUUCUAUAGCCAAGAUUAGCAAAACGGAUUCCGGCAACUACACAUGCUCCAUCAGUGAGUUCCAAAAUUUUACCAUCGUGGUGCACAUUCUGAAUGGCGAAAGCUUUGCCGAGUUGCACCAUGGGGGUGCAGGAUUAGUGCGGACCAUGCGGUGGCAACUAGUGGCGCUCCAGCUACUGGCGCUCCUCCUGCUGACGACUGCGAGUAGUUUAAGGGGGAAGUUUAGCUAAGGUUAUUCCAGUAAGGUUAAGUGUGGGCGCAACAUGAGAUAUAAAGAUAAAAUCGUUUUCCCUGUAGCACUUUUUGUUGAUUAAUUGUAAAGAUUAUGAAUUGGAUAGGGCAGUUAUUAGAAAUAACUAAAAACAAAACCAAAA